AUGCAAUUGGAGUACCAGAAUCUGCAAUUUGAUGUUGUUGUUCUUUCAUGUGGCCCAAUAGCUCCUUUGGUAUUAGGUGGAAGCUCAAACUGUCAUGUUUCAUAUUGGGUACAAGUACUUGCUAACUGGCUGGAAGUUUGGGAGACGGAGACAACCUAUGAAAGUGGCGGGAGUAUAUGGACUGCAAAAGCUGUGACAAGAUUAUCUUAUCAUGGACAUCCUUUGAGCCUUAAGAUAAAACAGCUGUAUGUUGUCUUCUUGGCUAAAGUAGUUCCACUUUGUUUGAACUUGUUUUUCAUAAAGCAUUGGACAUUGGCCUGUUAUAUGCUUGUUGAUUUCUGUAUUGAUAUUCUAAAUCAAAAUAAGGUUUCAAUUUUGGAAUUUGUUCUUAUUUUAUCACCUUCAAUACAUCAGUUUUCAUUUCUCUACUCUGAAAUAGCUGGGAGUAUAUGGACUGUGAAAGCUGUAGUGAGAUUAUCUUAUCAAGGACGUCUAUUGAGCCUUAAGGAUAAAACAGUUUUCACUUGGCUUACCAAUAACUCUACUCUGAAACAGCUGCCCAAUAACUUCUUUGGUAUUAGGAAAGCUCAAAUUGUCAUGUUUCAUAUUGGGUACAAGUACUUGCAAAUUGGCUGGAAGUUUGUGUCCAUUAACCAUCAUGUCUUCAGAGGGGAGACAGAGACAACCCAUGAAAGUGGUGGCCUGUGGCCGGUGAAAACAGGGGUUAACAUACUAUUCUUCCAACGGAGUAUAUGGACUGUGAAAGCUGUGGUGAGAUUAUCUUAUCAAGGACAUCCUUUGAGCCUUAAGGACAAAACAGUUUUCACUUGGCUUACCAAUAACUCUACUCUGAAACAGCUGUAUGUUGUUUUCUUGGCUAAAGUAGUUCCACUUCAUUUGAACUUGUUUUUCAUAAAGCAUUGGACAUUGGCCUCUCGUAUGCUUGUUGAUUUCUGUAUUGAUAUUCUAAAUCACAAUAAGGUGGAAGCUCAAACUGUCAUGUUUCAUAUUGGGUAUAAGUACUUGCAAGUUGGCUGGAAGUUUGUGUCCAUUAACCAUCACGUCUUCAGAGGGUUAUCUGGGAGACUGAGACAACAUGUGAAUGUGGUGUGUUGUGGCCUGAGCAAGCUUAUUUCUAGGUGUAUGGAGCAGUUUCCAAUUCUUGAUUACAAUGGAUAA